AUGGCCUCUCAUGUGCUCGAAGCGCUGGCAGGAUCCCCCGCCAUGCCAGAUGGCAGUAAAGCAGUUCGGAAGUCGAACUACCUCAACCGAUGGCCCCAUCCUUCAUGGAAUUACACGAGACAUUGCGUGGAACUGCAGGCAAUCACCAAGAAUGGCGUUGACGUUGAAUCUACCAGACUGAUCCAUCGCGUUAUACGUGAGGGAAAGAAACUGGACGAGUAUACAUACAUUAAGGAUAUCGUAAUUGCAUCGGCUAUGCUGAUAUCCUGCUUAUUCUUCUUGCUGACUCUGGCGGCCUACGGUGUGCUGCCGCAGAAAAGGAACCUCCCGGCCCUCAUGCUCAUGGCGUUGGUGUCAUGCCUGCUGGCCACGUUCCUCUUCAGGGCCGUCCAGGUGUUGACUGGAAAUUUGAGAUUGAAGAAGAAUGUGUGCACUUUUGUGGGUCUCGUGCUGUAUUAUUCGGUGUGGGCCAGCUUUGCGUGGAUGAAUGUUAUGUCAUACGACAUGUGGACAACUACAUGUAACGUAUACAGUCAACACUGGCAACCCCGGAGCAAGAUCCUUACGAAGUUCUACUGGUACAGCACAUACGGUUUCGGAGUACCCUUGCUAAUGGUCGCGUUCAUGGUCGGCAUAGAUUACGCCGACUUGACGGCGGUACCCGACUUCGCGCAACCACACUUCGUGAAUAGUCCUUACUGCUACUUUGAAACCCAUUACGCCGACUUGACGGCGGUACCCGACUUCGCGCAGACACACUUCGUCAAUAGCCCUUACUGCUACUUUGAGACACUACCCUUGCUAAUGGUCGCGUUCAUGGUCGGCAUAGAUUACGCCGACUUGACGGCGGUACCCGACUUCGCGCAGACACACUUCGUCAAUAGCCCUUACUGCUACUUUGAGACACCCCUUACUGCUACUUUGAGACACGUAAGUUUUUGUUUCGGAGUACCCUUGCUAAUGGUCGCGUUCAUGGUCGGCAUAGAUUACGCCGACUUGACGGCGGCACCAGACUUCGCACAGCCACACUUCGUGAACAGCCCUUACUGCUACUUUGAAACCCAGAACGAGCGUCGCCUGUACGUGAACGGGCCCAUCCUGGUCACAACCAUCGUCAACAUCUGCUUCUUCGGGGUGACGGCGCGGUACAUUUGUCGGAACAGCGCCAAACCAGGCGGGAGCGGUGACAGCAGGAAUACUAAGAAGGCUCAGAACAGAUUCAUCAUUUACCUGAAGCUGACAGUAAUCACCGGCAUCAGCUGGCUUCUGGAUGUGAUUGGGGCGUUCAUAGAACCCAAGCAUUGGGGAUGGCUGGCGGUCGACAUCCUCAACUGCUUGUCUGGUUGUUACAUCUUCUGCGCGUUCAUUUGCAAGAAGGAAAUGAUCGUGCUACUUUGCAAAAGGUAA